AUAUGGCGGUCCAUGCAAAGUAAAACACAAUCUCGAUGAUUUAUUUUUGGAAACAGCAACUCUGCAAGAGAAGUUUGACGUUUUCAUGUAUGUGGUGAAGCUGAAAAAGUGCAGCCGAAGACGCUGUGAAGUAUUUAAUUCUGCAUGAACCAUAUCAACGCCGAGACUUAUUUAUAUAUUUUACAGUUGAUCAGUGAUUUCGUCUCCUGCCCAAGUUGUCAGAAAUGUGUAAUUAACUUUGUCCCAAAACUGAUACAUUCAUCAGAUUGGAGCUGGAUGGACAAAAGUGUUAAUAUCAGUAAAGGAAGGUCCGAACUGUGAGAAAGCUUCAUUAACAACCAUGUAGUUUCCAUUGAAACGUGUCGAAGUUGAACCAGCUGAAGAUGUUCAAAAACGAAUUUCAGGGUGGGCCUUUCUUUGAAGUGUUUUCAGCUCAAGGGAAGGACCCAGUGGCAAACUGGAAGUUGUCUGGUGGAUCAGGUAUACGUAAGGUUUAUGAUAAAGAAGUCAAAAGCUACAUUUACUCACUGGAGGGGUCAGGGGCAACCACCAAGAUGCACAUACCCAAGGACUCCAAACAGUCACUCACUUUAGUCCAGAGAUUUCUCGUUUUCCAAGUCUGGGUACCAAAGGGAGGCGACUUCUCAAUCGAGGUGGGGAUCACCGACUUAAGCAACAGUAAAAGGAGACUCCAUCUCUCCACCAGCAGCAAGGAAGCCAAUCCUAACCCUCUGCACUCUAAGAUACCACUGUCUGUGAUAAAGCGAGGGAUUUGGACCAACUUGUGCCUGGACAUGGUGUCUCUGGUAGGGGAGACAUGGAGAGGACAGACUUAUAAAGCUAUUGAGAGUAUUACCCUGAGUGCCAACUGUCGUGUGAGGAGGAUAUUCACGAUGAAAGUGCAGCCUGCGGACAACACUGAUGAUGAAGAAUUGUAUGGUCUUUCUGGCACUAACAGCUGUGAGAUAGAUGUCAUACCCAAACAGUGUCAACUAGCAGGUGAUGUCAGUCAUGUCACUCAGGUGCUUUCCCUGACAAAGAUACGCCAAGCAGAAUUUGUGAUGAGAGGAGGCGAGGGUCCUAGAUCACGGACAACAUCUGCCACCUCUGACAUUGAUCUGAAUGCCAGUGGAAGGAAGUCAGCUGGGGACUCAUUCCACAUCGCCUUUGGCUCCAAGGUGACAGCUCCUGCCCCAGGCUCUGCUGGGAGGAAAGGAACAGCAGGAAAAGAGGGUGGCGCCACCAGCAGAACCAGUCGGUCCUCCCACUCGCGGUCCAAGCAGCAGACCGGAGAGGCCGGUGACCAGGGGGCCACAAAGAGGGUAGACAAGCUAGUCAUUCAUCAACAGGCUGGCGGGUCUAAUCACAGUCGUAAUCCGUCCGACCCAGGCACCCAUAUACAGGACCCGGAUACUUCUGUGGAUAAAGGUAAUUUAGGUGGCAGUAGCACAUGGGCAGGAAAAAUAGAUCAAAAUGACGAGCAGCCGAUCAAAGUGCCUGCCAAUCCCCCAGGGAGGGAGCAGGCAGGGGAGAUGAAGUUUCAGCCCCACCCUCCCAGAGAGCCAUCAACAGAGAGAGUCAGGAGGAAGGUCCGCAUCAAGAGUGGAGGCAAAGAAAGAACCUCUGCUGCUCAUUCAGGUGACACCAAUCAGUCAAACACUUUAUCACCUGUGCCACCAGGGGGCAAUCUGUCUCCUAUCAACUCCCAAGAAGGUCCCAAGGCCAAACCAAGGUCGCCAAAGAUUUACACCUCCCUCUCACCACGUGAAGUCAGAGGGAUUGAAAAAGAGAAAAGUCCCAGCUUGAAGUCGACAGCAGUGCAGUCACCCAGAGAGUGGAUAGAGGAGGACAUCAAGCUACACGAGUCUCAAAGCGACAUGAGGAAAAGUCGCCAGCUAGAAAAAAAUAAGAACAAGAAGGAAACAGGAGUGGGUCCCCGGCUGUCGGAUGAUUAUGAAGAUAUGUCACCCAGACACCAGGGGGAGUUACAAGAUCAAGACGAGUCCCUAACUGAUGUUAUUGCAGCAUUGAGAGGCACAGAACUGAGGAAUACACGUUUCAAUGAUGUUGAUAACGAUAACGAUGAGGAUGAUGGUAUUGUUGCAGAGUAUGAAGACUCCGAUGAGGAACCGGUUGGUCCCCCUCAGAAGGUGAAGACGCAUCAUUCUCGUGCCUUGAAGGAAGAUGGUGUGUACCUAUUUACCUCUCCACCAAAGUCUGCUCCUAGCAGGUCCCCAACUUUAGAAGAAGAGAGCAGGGUUCACAAAAAUGACACCAGGAAAUCCUCAGCCAAGAGGAGCCUUGAAGGCCAUUACCCAACAAAGAGAGGAGCUGGCCCCGAUGAUGCCUUUAUAUUAGACAGCAGUAGUGAUGAUGACAAUGAUAAUAAGGAUGAGGAUCAUGACAUAAAGAGGCUAGGUUCACCAAGGGACAGUGAGGUAGUAGAGACUAGUCAUGAGAAUAGGACUAAAUUAAGGAGUAGUAAAAGUAGGGAUUUUAAAACAUCAAAAUACAAGGCUAAAGGGGAUAUAAUUGAAGAAACUGGAUAUGAUGAUGAUGAUGGUGUCCAAAGGACUGUGGGAUCAGAGAGUGAGGUGGUGAACUUGGACAGACUUUCACUAGAAAAAUCACAAAUCAAAACCAGAAAUUCAACCACUAAUAAUAUCGACGAAAAAAUUGCUCAAAAGUCUAAACCAGUUCCACCUCCCAUUGGAGCUGGCAAGACGCCAAGAAUGACAGCUCCGAGAAUUCACAGCCCGCGGAUCUCCAAUGAGGAGCCACGCCCAUCUAGUUCCAAAAGGUCACAGGGGUCAAAUUCGUCCAAUGACAGUGGACAAACCCUCCAGGCAUCACAUAAUAUGGAUUUAUUAAAGACGAACGGGAGCAGUGCCAGCGGGGGAUCUGUUAGCCCACGGGGGAGUUAUUCCAGAUGCAGUAUUAGUAAGAAGUCACUGCGGGAGAUUUCUAAAGAUGAUGCAAGAUUGUCACAGAACAAACAGUAUGACUUCACCAAGUAUCAGAUGGCAGAUCUCUCUGAGUCAUUUGAGGCCCGGAUGCUGGCUAGUCUCAAACGAGAGGCAGAAGAGGAAAUGGAGGAGGGGGGAGGACAAUAUGAGGGAGGUAGCCAGAACAGCCAACAGCAGAAAAAUUCAUCCAAUCAGGGGAUAGAUAAACAUUUGUAUGGGGAUGAUGACCUGAGCAGCUCAAGUGAUGAUACAUCUUUUAGUACAUUUAGAGGAACGGCUCCAGCUCUCCAAUCUCAUCACUACCAAGAUGAGAUGCAUCUGCCGACAUCAAGGAUGAGUGAAGAUCCUCUAGCCAUGUCUAACCCCAGGGAUUGGACAGGUGCCUUCAGCCCUCCUAUAGUCUUACCGUCAGAGAUGAAGCAUGACCCAGAUCCCAGUGAGCUGUCCCCAGGGAAACUAGAACCCAGAGGAUCCCCCAGGAAAGGGGACAAGAAAAGUAUUUCAAGAUCUCCAGAUGGAAGGCGGGGCAGGCUACCCAGUAAGACAGAUGAAGACAUUGGCCAUGAGGAAGAUGAGCUGGACCUGCUCUAUGACCCCUGCCUUAACUGUUAUUUUGACCCAAAGACCUGCAAAUACUACGAGCUAGUAUGAUGUUGAAUAACUUGAAAACAUCUGUUGAAAUUGGCAAUGUUUGUGAUCUGGUAACUUGACUCCCUCUGUGACAGUCGUGUUUUUUGUGCAAGAUAGUUCUUUGCUUAUCCUGAGUUUCUGAGUUGCUCCUCUGUGAUAAACAUGCAAUUUACUGGAAACUGUAGAAGAACGCUAAUAGCUAUAUAUUUAUACUCAAAAUUUGUUACCUUUUAGUUGAUUGUGAUUGAUAUUGGUAUACCUUGGCCGUGAAAGAAAAAGUGAUGAAAAUUCUAGGUAAUUCUUUUGUUAAGGUCAAAUUUGUUGAGGUCAGUUGCCUGUUGUUUACAUACAUCAGUAAAUUUUAGAUAUUUAAAAGGAUUUUUUAUAAAUUGCUUACUAAAGUUCCUGUUUAUGGAAGGACAUGUACUAGACAGAAACGGGAGCCCAGAGUGUGAUAAGAUCAGUUUGUGAUACUGUGCAGCUGUUAUGUAUUGUUAUAUGAAUUGAUUAGUGAUAAAAGUUUGCGAUGGACUCUGUUCAGCCAUAUCUUGCUACCUUAUACUUUCAUACUGUGAAUUAUAAUAACAAUGAUUCAUUAUUAUUAUUAUUAUUAUUAUUAUUAUUAUUAUUAUUAAAGCAGUGCCUUGCUUACUUCAUAGGACCUACCCCAAUCUGCUGUUAGAAACUUGCUAUAAGAGUGUCUCUUUCAGUCUCAGUGUUAUUGUACUCUAUACCACUGGCCAGCUGGAUGAUGUCAUCAUUAUUCAUUUUUUAUUAAUUAAUUUAUUAUUAUUAUUGUUAUUUGAAAAAUUAGUUGUACAAAAAUUCCAGAGAAAUGUGAGAAAAUUCUCACUUGUCGAGGUUAGUGUUGUGGAGACUUAACAGCAGUGACUCUGAGGACCUUUCUAGUGAUGAGAUAAUGAUGAGAUAGUUAAAAAACGCUCAAGCCUGACGUAUAUUUGUAACACGACAGCAUAUUGCUGCAGCAUUUGUGUUGUGUUUUGGAUAAAUUAUCAGUCUUUGCAAGAAAAUUUUGCAAAAUUUGUUUGUGACUUAUGCAGUAUUAUUAGUAAAAAUCCAAUAUUAGUCCUUGUCUGGUCAGCGACCGCUAACAAGUUUGUUAUUCCUAUCAAACGGCAGCAAUAAACGGCUUGUAAGUUC